UAGUAAGAAUCACUCAUGUCAUCGGUGAUGUUGCCCUGGAAUGGGAAGAUGCACUGUCGCGACUGUUUUAGCUUGGUGGUAGUAACGCCAGCUAGCUACUUGCUGAAGUGUCGCUAGAUUGAAUGACAGCGAGACCUCGAUAAUCCCUCGGACGACAGCGACACUAGCUCGCUGCCUAAUUAGCUAUUUAAUGCUGUCAGUUGGUAGUUUGGCAUGCCAAAAUGUACCCUGCUAGUAUCAAUUAAAUGAAUAACGUUUAGCCAAAUACCGUACAUUAGCUACAAGUUCGCUAUCUUUGAAAUAACAGUACCUAGUUGACAGCGGUCUAAUCUAGCUACCUUGCUAACAAGACGUUUUGGAGCGUUCGGAUAGAAAUGUGUAAAUGUAGAACAAACAUUCCUCUCCGACAUGCUUCUGUCUUCGACGUCCCUGCGUCCUCUCUUCCUCCUGAGUCUUUCCAUUCUAGGGCUCAUGCAGCUGGAGAGAUGGAAGCAUAAAUUACCUCUUACAACCGUUCAGUAUCCUGAGGCCAACCCACUGGAAAGAGAGGCCAUGAGUGUGCAACCCCGGCUCCUCAGCAUUCCAGAGCUCAGCCACCACCUGGUGGAGAGCUACCUCUACUGCUGCCUCUACGUCCAGGAGAUGCUGCAAUACAAAAGGCAGAACCACGGAAAGUUCUGUGCCAUGAUGUGCUCUGGUUGUUCUGUGCUCGCUGUGGUGGGACACUACGUACCAGGAAUCAUGAUAUCCUAUAUCAUCGCGCUGAGUGUGUUGGUGUGGCCUCUGGUGGUGUACCACGAGCUGAUCCAGCGGAUGUACACGGGCCUGGAGCCCAUCCUGAUGAAACUGGACUACAGUAUGAAGGGAGACACGCAGCACCACAAGCACGAUAAGAGGAAGGUGAAGAAGGAGGUGGAGGAAGGGGAUGAGCCCAGGGCUGAGACAGAGAGCGAGAGCGAGGAGGAGCUAUCCUGCUUUGCCCCACUGGUGGAUGCAAAGACCACCGCCCUGGCAAUGGCCAUCACUGACUCGGAGCUGUCUGACGAGGAAGCAUCCAUUUUGGAGAGUGGGGGGUUUUCCGUAUCCAGAGCUACCACCCCACAGCUCACAGACGUCUGUGAAGACCUGGACCAGCAGAGUGUGCACAGUGACCCAGAGGAGGCCUUCCUAAGGGACCUACCUGAAUUCCCCUCGAUUGACGAGUUCCCCAUCGAGCACAGCCUCCUCCACUUCCCAUUGCGUGGCGCCGGUCAGGGCCAAGGGGACGGGGCCGCGGCUGGGGGAAGAGAGCCCUCGGAGGGGGAGCCCAUGAGCCCCGCCAGCCUCCUCAUCCAGCACCUGGCCUCCCCGCUCCACUUUGUCAACACACACUUCAACGGACAUGGACGGCCGCCAGGUGGGGACCAGGGACCACCGCUGGGUGCUGGGAGAGCGGAGGUGGUGGUGCAUGGGGGGGAAGGGGAAUCCCAGGCCCCAAGGCCAUCACUGGAAGCCCUGAGUGAGGAGAUCGUGAACACUGCAAUCUCCACCGUGGUACAGAACACACUGUCGGCCCUGCUACGCUCCACCGAGGAAAGUAAGGGCCCAUCCAUCGCAGAUUUCCUGCCCACCGACAUGCCCCCCAGCGCCCUGGAAAGCCCCCCCGCCCCUGUCGCCGAGGCAGAAAAGGACCAGGAUGUGGUCGCUGCAGAGUCUGAGAGGAGUGCCGAGGAGAUGCCGGACGACAUGUUUGUACCGACUGAGGACGAGGACUUUGAGCUUCUGGACCAAAGUGAACUGGAGCAGAUGGACGAGGGUCUGCUGGGUCUUCUCAGUCCUGAUGGACAGGGGGUAGUGGGAGUGGCCUCUCCCGCAGACACACACCCAUCUCCGACGCACCAACCGGAAUCCUUCUAGCGUCCUCAUCACCGCUCAUACCCUACUGUUUUGUUUUACGUAGAUAUACAUUAUACAGAUAUAUAUGUACACUUAUCAAAGUGUCUGUUGUUAGUGGCAGUUGGUUAGUGAUUGAGAUCACUGUGGUUAAUUCUGCCUCCACACGAUCACUGUGGUUGAGUCCAAAUGGCACUCUAUUCCCUUUAUAGUGCCCUACUUUUUACCAGGGCCCAUAGGUCUCUGGUCAAAAGUUGUGCACUAUAGCUGGAAUAGGGUACCAUUUGGGAUUAAACUUGUUUCUUGAGGCUUGGGCUUGAUGGUACCUGUGUUUGACAGGCUUUUAUUGCUUUUAACCAAGGGAACAAGCCAUCUGAGAUUUGGGAGCUACUAGUAAUAUGUUUGGGUGGCAGGAGAAGGGUUUGGUGGAACCUCGUCCCAGAUUUGUUUCUGCUGUAUCUUGUAAUGCCAAAUGGAGUUGGGUACAUUACAGCACAAUCUGCAAUGGGUCCAGAUCCACAGCCACCCUUCUUGAAGGAAAUUAUUAACAGAUUAUAUGUAGAUGGAUUCUUUGAGAGAAAGAAAAGGUUUUUGUUUUGAUUACAUUAAUAUAUAUGAUAAAUUAUUUUUAUUUAAUGGUCAGUUUAAUGGAAAUCUAUUGUCGUCAUAUGGGAAUUUGAAAGUAAUAAAGAUUCUCUAUGGUCAGUAACCCAAGUUGAUUCUACAAUCUGCAUUGGAUUUAGAUCGUUAGCGAAUGUAGGCAGAAAUACGUACAUUUGGGAGUUUCAUUGAAGGUAGUUUAUUAACCAGCAACCCCUCAAGUAAGUUCAGCACUCAAUUGUGAAAUCUCCCAAACAAAACGUAGUACUGUAGUUAUUAGCCAUACACAAAGGAGUUAUGCCAUCUAUUUUAACUGUCUAUUAAAAUGACAUUUUGAGUGUAUUGGACAUUGUAGGCACAAAUACGUAUGUUUGGGAGUUUUAUUGAGGGCAAUUUAAUGACCAGCAAGCCCCUCAAGUUCCACACUCAGAGAAAUUGUGAAAUCUCAAACAAUAAUUUACAAUAGAUCUUUGAAUUUUAGUGUGUAUUUUUUAUUUUAUCCCCAAACCAGGUGAUGGUAAAAUAAUCUUUACCCAUACAAAACAUACUUACUGUGGUAUGCUGACAACCUUUUCAAUUGCUCAUUGUCAACAUCUCAAAGGUCUGUAUUUUGUUAGUUUUAUUCUGUAAUGGUUGAAAACGAAUGCAAGUGCUACUUCACCACCACCACCAAUUGCUUAAUAUGUGUACAACUUGCAAAUGUUCUGGGUACUUAAUACUCUUGGAAAUCCCAGACCUAGGGCAAAACAUUUGUAACACUGUGGGAGGCAACCAGUCUGUCUAGAGACUAGGUACCCAACAUCUGAAGGUUCAUAAUGCAGGUUUUGUCAUGGCAAUCCCACAUACAACUGCCAUUCGCUAUGACAAAUGAUUGAAAGUAAUAGGAAUACAUGCAUUGCAUUAUCUGUCAAAAAGGUAUGUUACAUAGGUCCUAUGUAACAAUUAUGGGAAUUCUUCAUUUCAUAAAUUGGUUACUUGUGGGAAUUCAGCUCAACCAACUUAACUAGGACAGCUUUAUUGCGAGUGUGCCUAUCUGAUCUGAAUCUCAGGAGUGGGAUGUACUUUAGUUUGCGCAAUGGCAGAUACCGUUGCACAUAGAAACAUUAAUUUGCAUCUACAUAUUAGUGAGGUAGAAAAUGGCAUCCACCAAUGUCUAGCCUAAAGUUCCCCAACCCAAGUUGUCCCUGUGCACUGUAUUGUAAUAUAGACCAACCUUUUUCCUGGCCAAUGCCUUCCAAGCACUUCUGUAAAAGGUUUCCCUCAAUGAGAGCAAUUUAACAUUGCAUGUGAAAACCAAGUAUUAAAAAAUGCAACUUGGAGGGAGUAAGAUCUUGGACUUGUAGCAAGCAUGCAAUUUCUAUGUUGCAGCUUAAAUAGAAUUUCUAGAACGCUAAAUUGCCAAUGAGGCAAUUUAGUGUGAUUUCAUUUAAAAGGUCAUUUGUUUUACUAUAAUCCCACUGUAACCAACUAUAAAAAGACAUUAACAAAUGUGUUAUAGAAAUGUUUGCUUAUGCUUUUACUGCUUCUUGAUCUAUAAAGGCACUUAACAAGAAAUGUACUAUUGUAAAGAAAUGUAUCUUGUCUCCUGUUUUUCAGAAACUACUCAUCAAUUUGAUAUUUUACAUCUACAAAAUAACACAAACAAGUUUUGAAAAUGAUAAGAUUUAUUGCAAUUACAAGAGGUUAAACACUGACAGUAGCUCUUUGUGCAAUGAAAGAGAAUAAAAGAACGAACUGAAACAAGG